AUGUCAGAACUAAAGAAAUUGAAAGCUAAGCGUACCAGCCUGUUCAAUCAACUGGAGCGUCUUAAAGAAUUUGUUAUCAGCUAUACUGAUAGCAGCGCAUCUCAACUUCCAGAACGCAUCAAGCGGGGUGAAGAGCUUUGGGAUUUAUUUGACACUGUACAAUUUGAUAUUGAAACUUCAGACAAGUCAGAUAUACAAGUAAACGAGCGCGUAAGAUUUGAAGACAUUUAUUUUAACGUUAUAUCUCAAGCGAAAAGUUUAAUUCCAACUCAUGCUGCUGAUGUCACUAAUACUGCAAAUUCUGAUUUACUUACUGAUCAAUCAUUUCAAAAUUCAAACAACAUAAAGUUGCCUGCAAUUGAACUCCCCAAAUUUGGAGGGUCUUAUGAGGAUUGGUGGCAAUUUUAUGAAACGUUUAAUUCUUUAGUUCAUAGUAAUCAAACUUUAAAUGAUAUUCAGCGUUUUUACUAUUUAAAAUCAUAUUUAAAAGAUGAAGCAGCAGAUGUAAUUCAUUCACUUGAGGUCACCUCCUCAAAUUACAUGGUAGCUUGGAAUCUUCUGAGGGAACGUUUUGAAAAUAAGCGUUUAAUCAUUCAUAGUCAUGUGCGAUCUUUAUUUGAAUUAAGUCCGUUGGAUAAGGAAUCAGUAACAGGUUUAAAAAGAAUGCUGAAUGAUAUUCGAAAGAACUUGAGAGCUCUAAAAGCGUUGAAACAACCGACAGAUCAAUGGGGUACAUUGUUAAUACAUUUAAUUUCAGCUAAGCUAGACGCAACGACAAAACGCGAAUGGGAAUCGCAUAGUCUUACCAUAAAGACAGAUUUACCUGAUAUGAAUGAUUUUUUGAGCUUUCUUUCAGAUAGAUGUCAGCUAUUAGAGACGCUAGAGAGCAAGCUAGACAAAAUAGACACAAAACAAGGCAACAAGCCACGCAUUUCAACAAAGUCAGGAGGACAUGCAAUGGUGGCAAACAUCAAUCAACUCAUAUGUACUUUUUGUAAAGGCAAUCAUACUAUUAACAACUGUGAGUCAUUUUUAUCAAAGCCUGUGUCCACGCGUAUCAACGACAUAAAGGCACUACAUCUGUGUUUAAACUGUCUAAGAUCGAAUCAUAGUCUUGAAAAUUGCAGAGCAGGAACGUGCAAAAAGUGCGGAAGGCGUCAUAACACACUGUUACAUAUUGAACGUCAACUGCAAUCAGGUAGUUCAUCGAACAAUCGUUCAGAUCACAAUCAUCAUACCAACAGGUCAAAUUCCCAACACAACACUCAAAAUAGAUCAGGAUCAUCUAGAGGAAUUGAAAGUUAUACCAGUCAACAAAAUCAGAUAACCAUAUCAGGUUAUGAAAACAACGGAGACAGGGAGGUUCUGUUAUCUACUGCUAUCGUAGACAUCAUGGAUUCAGCUGGUAAAUAUCAUAAAGCCAGAGCGUUACUCGAUUCAGGAUCGCAAUCAUGUUUUAUUUCUUCAUCACUUGCAGAUAAACUACAGUUACAGAGAACACCUGUGAACGUACCAGUCUCUGGAAUUAACCAAAUUAGCACAUUUAUAACAAAUAGAGUAUCAGCAAUUAUACAAUCACGAUUCAAUAAUUUUUCUGUUAAACAAUCAUUUUUAGUUCUAGACAAUAUAACAAAUUAUAUUCCAUCAGUUAGUUUUAGCAAAUCUAGAUUUGAAAUUCCGAACAACAUACAACUAGCAGAUGAAAACUUUAACAUAGCCAGUACAGUUGAUUUAUUAUUAGGCGCUGAAGUAUUUUAUGAACUUCUUUGUGAAGACAGGAUUAAUUCUAAACCAAACUCACCUAUCUGGCAGAAAACGAAGCUAGGAUGGCUAGUUGCAGGAUCAAUACCAGAGAGGCAAAGAAAUAAGAUCAUAUGUAAUCUAGCAACUAAUGAUAUCAACAAAGAAAUUCAAUCACAACUACAGAAAUUUUGGGAAAUCGAAAAUUAUCCCGAAAGAACCACAUCAUACACAAAGGAAGAGCAGUAUUGCGAAGAUUUGUUCUCUGAAACCACAGAAAGAAAUUGUAAAGGACAUUUUAUUGUAGAGUUACCUUUUAAUCAUAAAAAACAUGAUCUAGGUGAAUCAAAAGAGAUAGCACUAAAGAGAUUUAGUCAAAUUGAGGGACGAUUUAAGACAAACUCUGAAUUUCAAGAGCAAUAUCAUAAUUUCAUGAAAGAAUAUGAGGAUUUAGGCCACAUGUCCUUAAUCGACCAAGAAGAUGAUGAAAACUUAAAUUUUAUUCCACAUCAUGCUGUACAGAAAGACACCAAUAAGUUUAGAAUAGUAUUUGACGGAUCGGCAAAAACAUCUAAUGGUAUUUCUCUCAAUGAUAUUCUCAUGGUAGGACCUAAAGUCCAAAGAGAUUUAUUUGAUAUUGUUUUACGAUUUCGACAGUAUAAAUUUGUAUUAACUGCAGACAUAGUCAAGAUGUACAGACAAGUAUAUGUCAAACCAGAACAUAGAAAAUUUCAGUGCAUUGUGUGGAGAUACAAUAAGUCAGAUCAGAUACAAACAUAUAAACUCAAUACUGUAACAUAUGGAACAGGUUCUGCACCUUUUCUGGCAGUGCGAUCACUACACCAACUUGGGAUUGAAAACGAAGUUAAAUACCCAACUGCCAGUAAUAUCAUUAAAAAUGAUUUUUAUGUCGACGAUGUUCUUACAGGAUCAAACAGCCUACUGGAAUUGUCUCAGACAAAACAAGAACUUGAACAAAUUUUACAAUCAGGUGGAUUCACAUUGUCAAAGUGGAAAUCAAAUCAUUCCUCACUUAUUGAAGAACAUGACACAGGUGAGAAAACAAUCUCUGAUAAAAUUCAGAAAACUUUAGGUAUAAUCUGGGAUGCCACCUCAGAUACCUUACAAUAUUCAUUCAAUCAAACAAAUACGAACAAUCGGAUCACUAAGCGAACUAUUCUAUCAAUGGUAUCGAAAAUUUAUGACCCUAUGGGAUUGAUAGGACCAGUUACAGCAAGAGCAAAGAGUUUUUUACAGCAACUGUGGUUAUUAUCCUUAUCAUGGGAUGAUGAAAUUCCUGCAACACUGAAUCAAGAAUGGUCUCACUAUAGCACACAACUAUGCGAAAUCACUAAUAUCAAAAUUCACAGACAAACAAUUUGCAGCAAUCCAGUUAAGAUUGAGCUACAUGGGUUCAGUGAUGCUAGUGAAAAAAUAUACCGAGCAACAAUUUAUAUUCGAUCAACCAAUCAAACAGGUCAACAUACCAUUAAUCUUAUUUCAGCAAAAUCAAAAGUAGCACCAAUAAAAACGCAAACAAUACCUAGGCUUGAACUUUGUGGUGCAUUAAUAUUAUCAAGAUUAAUGCAGUCUGUUUUAAGUUGUUUAUCGGUGCAUAUUGAUAAAAUCUACUACUGGACAGAUUCAUCAAUAGUUUUAGCUUGGUUAGAAUUGGAACCUUGUAACUUGCAAGUGUUUGUAGCAAACCGUAUUAGAGAAAUACAAGAAAUCACAGAAAAUACUAAAGGUGUAUGGAAUCAUGUGUCAACAGAGUGUAACCCAGCAGAUAUUAUAUCCCGUGGUGCAACACCGUACGAACUGAGUCAUUCAGAACUAUGGUGGUAUGGACCAAAGUGGUUGAGAGAGAAUUUCGAUACAUGGCCUUCAACACACACUCAACUCGCCACAGAAGAAAUUCCUGACAAGAAAAAGCCAUCAAUAGUAUGUUUUAGCAAGCAGUUAGACACCACUUUAUUAACAAGAUUUUCAUCACUUAUGAAACUCCAAAGAGUCACAGCAUACAUUUUCCGAUUUAAACAUAAUAUAUCAAAAACAACUAUCAAGCUAACCGGAGAACUAACUGUUGCUGAGCUACAGAAUAGUUUAUGGUUCUUAUUAAAACUUGUGCAGCAAGAAUGUUUUGCAGCAGAACUACAUGCAUUACAGAAUGGCAGAUGUAUUCCCAAACAAAGCAAACUACUAAGCUUAAACCCAUUCUUAGAUAACAACAAUAUUAUCCGAGUAGGAGGAAGAUUAAAACAUGCCAAAGAUAUUAUCUAUGAACAAAGACAUCCGAUAAUCCUUCCGGGUAAACAUCAUUUUACUAAGCUUAUUAUCAGACAUGAACAUUAUAAAAUGCUUCAUGCAGGAACUCAAACCCUAUUAGCUACUAUCAGAACGAGGUAUUGGCCUUUAUCAGCAAAAAACACUAUUAAAGGCAUACUAAGAACAUGUAUUGUUUGUUUUAAACAAAAGGCCAACAAUGUAACACCUAUAAUGGGUAACUUGCCUAUACACCGAGUUACGCCAUCAAGACCUUUUCAGAAUUGUGGAGUGGAUUAUGCGGGUCCAUUUAACAUAAAACUACAUAAAUACCGCGGUAAUCGAACAGUCAAGGGUUACUUAUGCAUAUUUAUAUGUUUUUCAACAAAAGCUUGUCAUUUAGAAUUGGUAAGUGACCUCAGCAGCGAAUGUUUUUUAAACUGUUUAAAGCGUUUUAUAUCCAGACGUGGAAAACCUACCAAUAUCUAUAGCGACAACGGCACAAAUUUCGUCGGUGCUCAAAAUAACUUACAAGAAUUUUUUAACUUUAUUAAAUCAAGACCUGUUCAUACCUCAUAUACAGAUUACUUAACUUCUGAAUUUGUACAGUGGCAUUUUAUUCCUGCACGAUCGCCUCACUUUGGUGGGUUGUGGGAAGCUGCAGUCCGUACUGCUAAAUAUCAUAUUAAACGAGUUCUAGGUAAUUUAAAUUUAACGUUCGAAGAUUUUUCUACAAUCACUUGUCAGAUAGAAGCAUGUAUGAACUCACGACCUAUUCAUCCUUUGUCAAAUGAUCCUUGCGAUUUUUCCGCACUGACUCCUGGACACUUCCUAAUUGGUUCCCCCCUUUCUUCCCUACCCGAGAGUGACUUACGGGACACACCAACAAAUAGAUUAUCAAAGUAUCAGCAGUUUGCCCAGGUGCUCCAACAUUUCUGGACCAGAUGGUCAAAAGAAUAUAUUUCCACACUCCAAGAACGGGGCAAGUGGAGAAUCAACCAAAAUCAUCAACUGAGCAUUGGAUCUCUGGUUCUACUGAAAGAGGACAACCUUCCCCCUCUCAGAUGGAGGUUGGGGAGAAUAGCACUGCUUCAUCCAGGGUCUGAUGGUGUCGUGCGCGUUGUGACGGCGCACAUCGUCUGGUGA